UUUGAAGUGGACGGCAGGGAAAACGGAAAGAAAAAUGUAUACACCCGUGGCUGUUUAGAUCAGUAGUGAUUUCCUUGAUCGACUGGGACAACAGCUAAAAAUGAGGCUCUUAUUUUUGGCUGUAACCUUAGCCGUAACGGCGACCGUGGCUCUGACGCAAGCCGUGAGUGGGCCUGAUGCCUCCGCCACCAUACCCAACGCCCCUACCGGCCUGCCCCAGCCCGAUCCUUCGCGUGUCCAGCCCGCCAACCAAUCCGGCCAUCACGGACACGGCCACGGGCAUCACCAUGGCAACCAUAGUGGAAACGAAGGGCAACAACAUCAGCAUCAUCACGGCCACGGACGGCCUCACGGUGGGCCGGACGGCCCGCAGCUGACGGCCGCGGCAGAACAGACCGGCGCCGGUGAUAGUGCGAAGCCGCAUGGACACCACCACCACGGCGGUCACCGCUCAGCUGGGCACGAGCAUAACGGCACCCACCAUGGUCAUGGUCACCAUAACGGCACACAUUUCGGUCACCAUAACGGCACGCACUUUGGUCACCAUAACGGCACACAGCAGCGCAAGUUGUCCGAUCAGGAGCGCGAGCAAAUGAAACGGGGAUUUUUUUCCUUCCUGCACAACGUUUUCGGCGGUAACGCCACCGGAGCCGGCGGCCAUCACUUUUUCGGCGGUAACGGUACUGGAGCCGGCGGCCAUCACCUUCUCGCAGUUCUCGGCGGUAACGCUACUGGUGCCGGGGGCCAUUUGCAGGCAAUCCUUCCGUUUCUGCAUAAUAUCUUCUCCGGCCUGGCCAACAAAACGUCCGAUCCAGCGGCACUGAUAUCGUCCUUCAGUACCAAGACCCGCAGUGCACUAACCGGGAAAACUGAGCGUGACGGUGGUGAUAGUCACAGUCACCAUAGCCGACCGCAAUAUCAGUCCAACAAUAAUAAUAAUAACCAACAGAUGAUGCAAAAUUUACUGAUGAUGCAAGUAAGUGAUGAUCAGCUGCUGAUCGAUGUAACGGCUGCUCAGUGAUGCUUUCAAUUUUAUUUAUCGAUUAGAUGAUGGGCAAUGGUGGCGGUGGUGGCGGUGGUGGCGGCGGAAAGGGUACCGGUAGACAAGACGGAAAUGGUGGUGGCGGCGGCGGCGGUGGAGGAAACGGCGCGAGUCUGGCGGCGUUGAUGGCCAUGAUGGGCCAGAGCAACUCCCAGCCACAAGUAGUGCAGUCCGGAGGAAGAGACAACGGAAGCGGCAGCGGAAGUGGGGGCGAUUAGAAAGAGAUUGUUUUUACCUGGGUUUUUAUACCGACUCGCUUUCCGGUUUGUUAUGAAAACACUGCAAAAGUUUACCUAUUUAGCGCUUUUAAUCCGAUAAAUCUGCUUUUUAUGCUUUGUUCGCACACUGGUGCAAUUCAACCGAUCUUCGCACACAGCGGGAUUUCAAAGAUUUAUGCAAGUUUGUCUGAAUGACGAUCAUGUUCCGGCUAUUUGAUGCCGGCAAGCUCGAACAGAACAAGAAAAAUAUAAAAAAACAUGUGAUUGUCUUUA